AUGCCCGAGGAGCACGCCGGCGCGUUCAAGGAAGGGCUCGCGGGCCUCCUCAACAGGUGGACCGCGCUGCAGCUGGCCAUCACCAACGAAUGGGGCGGCGCGGAGUCCGUCCAAAAGGGCGAGGCCAUGCGCGAGGAGCUCGAGGACUGGUUCCUGCGGCGCAGGGGGGGCAAGUACGCGGAGGACCUCGAGGAGCUCCUCGUCGAGAUCUUGGGGGACGAUUUCUGCGUGCAGUGCGAGGACGGUUCGCCGCGGGAGGUGGCGCACAUCGCGUGCGUGAUGUUCGAACAGACCGCCGCCGGGGACUACACGACCGCGCGCGACAUCUGCGCCAAGCCCCUUCCCCGCGAGCACCUCGAGCGGUCGAAACGCAUCGAGGAGGACAGGCGGUGGACCGCGGGCGCCGCGGGUAACGGCGAAUCCUCCUCGGAGGACGGGAGCGACGGGGAGAUGAUGGACGCGGACGACCUCGCGGAUGGCCUCGCGGCGGCGUUCAACACGGGUCAGGGCGUCGGGGGCGUCGAGGGCGGCGACGACGACGUCGCGAGGGCCACCAGGCGGGGGCACACGGAACCCGACGACGACGGGUGGUGCACCGUGACCCGAUGA